CUUAAUUUGUCAAAUUCAUUGGCGUGGGUGGUUUGACUUUUGGUUUUGGGUUUAGAAAGGUGAAUGCGUUUCCUGUGUUUUGAACCGGAUCUGAAGGGGGCAAGAGCUGUUAUCUACUUCGCGAAUUCACACUGAUAUUGUUUCGACAUUUAGGCAUGGCGGAAAAUGGUCCAGUAGAAGGGCCACUAGUGGAGGAGUUCACUUUUGUUGCAGGAUCAGCUCCCUUCAAGAGUUGUCAUGCUUCUACCAUUGUUGAGGUUGAUAAGGAUCACUUUUUGGUUGCAUAUUUUGGGGGCACAUCAGAGGGGGCACCUGAUGUCAAAAUAUGGUUGCAGACUUACAAGAAUGGAACUUGGCAAUCACCUGUAAUUGCUGAUGAGCAACCAAAUGUUCCUAUGUGGAAUCCUGUACUGUUCAAACUUCCAUCAGACGAGCUACUUCUGUUUUACAAGAUAGGCCAAGAAGUUCAGAAAUGGAGUGGAUUCAUGAAACGCUCAUAUGAUAAAGGCAUUACAUGGACAGGAAGAGAACAACUACCUCCUGGUAUCUUAGGACCUAUAAAAAACAAGCCAAUUUUGCUAGAAAAUGGUCAUCUACUUUGUGGAUCAUCUGUCGAAAGCUGGAACUCCUGGGGCGCCUGGAUGGAGGUCACAACAGAUAUUGGAAGGUCAUGGAGCAAGUAUGGCCCAAUUUACAUUGAAAAUAAUCCCCUGAGUGUUAUUCAGCCUGUACCUUAUCAGUCUGCAGAUGGGAAAUUGCGUGUUUUACUACGAUCCUUUACCGGCAUUGAUAGAGUGUGUAUGUCAGAAUCAUCUGAUGGUGGCAAAACUUGGGGACAUGCAAAACUUACUGAGCUCCCUAACCCAAAUUCAGGUAUUGAUGGAGUUAAGCUUAAAGAUGGUCGUUUAUUGCUUGCUUAUAAUACUGUAUCGAGGGGUGUGCUUAAAGUUGCACUCUCAGAGGAUGAUGGUAAUUCCUGGUAUGAGGCUCUCACAUUGGAGGAUACAUUGGGAAUGGAAUUCUCAUAUCCUGCUGUUAUUCAGGCUAGUGAUGAGCGAAUACAUAUCACUUACACAUAUGAUAGGACACAAAUUAAGGUACUACCUUCCACAUUUAUAUGGUAGUUCUCUGUAAAUGCAUGUUGUUCUCCAGCCAAAGUGAUGUGGGGUAAAUUGUUUCAACUAAACAGAAACAAAUCAUGUGGCCUUUUCUAUGACUUUGGUGUGAACAAAACGUUUUCUUCUUCCAUCCUAUUUUCAUCUACUUUCUCUUCCUAUCUCUUUUAUGUUCUCAUUGUAUCACUCAUCAUAUCUCUCACUUCUCUUCCUAUCUCUCUCUAAAUGUAUAGGUGGAAUUGGUUUGAAUAGAACAUUUUCCUUUUUCUUUUU